AUGAGCCUGAACUGCCUUGCAUGCCACAUCCUGCAAAGAUCAAACUCGGACAUAGAUUCAAACAUUACUGAAAACUUUGUAACUUCAGGGUAUAAAAAGGUGGGAAGGAAAAUACCAACUUUGCCCGCCGUGAGACGGGUCAAAACAGGACAUCGCAGGCUACAUAGCGCGGGGACCAUUGUCUAUGGGGAUCUUGACGAGCCGAAGCUGGUCAGAAGCAGUGGGAUUAGAAGGGAUUGGAGCUUUGAGGAUCUAAAGAAUCAAAGUGAUCAGAUAAGAAUUGUAGAGACAAUAAAGGAAUAA